CGUUAAAUCAGCUGUCUCCGCCUCUCGUUGGUCUGUUCACAUUGUACAAGGAAGCGAACCUUGGGACCCACAUUUAUUUUAUCGAGAUAUUUUAUUAAUGUGCGAGUACAACUCACGGUCAUAAACACAGACGCUUUGGUGCUGAAAGACAACGGGGAAAAGGGACAAUAUGGAGAACGGGUUAUCCUCGACCGGUGACAUCAAGUUGGACCAAGCCAUCAACCAGUGGUUGCAGUUUGACAAGAACCCCCAGACAGUAGCGUUGGUGCAUGGCCUGGUGAAGGAGGGGGCGGUGGGGGAGCUGCGGAGGUGUUUUGGCUCUAGGAUGGAGUUUGGGACGGCUGGCCUCAGAGCUGCCAUGGGACCAGGGAUCUCCUGUAUGAACGACCUCACCAUCAUACAGACCACACAGGGGUUCUGUAAGUAUCUGGAGCACUGUUUCGGGGAGGGUCUGAAGGAGAGAGGAGUGGUGGUAGGGUUUGAUGCCCGUGCCCACCCCACCAGUGGAGGCAGCAGUAAACAUUUUGCCAGCCUGGCAGCCGCCGUGUUCACCAGCCGGGGAGUACCUGUCCACCUGUUCUGUGACAUCACACCCACACCCUUCGUGCCCUUCACUGUAUCUCAUCUGGGUCUGUGUGCUGGUGUCAUGGUAACCGCCUCCCACAACCCCAAACAGGACAACGGAUACAAGGUGUAUUGGGAGAACGGUGCCCAGAUCGUGCCGCCCCAUGAUAAGGGUAUCUCUGUAGCCAUCGAGGCUAACCUGGAGCCCUGGCCUGGGUCCUGGGACACAACCUCUCACAGCCCUCUGCUGAAGGACCCUUACCAAGACAUUCACACUGAGUACUACCGGACCAUCCAGCAACACUGUCACCACAGGGAAAUCAACAAGAGUUCGGAGGUGAAGAUCGUGCACACCUCCGUGCACGGAGUAGGGCACACCUUCGUCCAAUCAGCUUUCAAGGCCUUUGACCUACGACCCCCGUACGCUGUGGAGGAACAGAAAGACCCUGACCCCGAGUUCCCCACCGUCCAAUACCCCAACCCUGAGGAGGGGGAGGGGGUCCUGACCCUGUCGUUUGCCCUGGCGGAGAGGGAGGGAGCUAGUGUAGUUCUGGCCAACGACCCUGAUGCUGACCGCCUGGCCAUCGCUGAGAAACAGAAGGGUGGUCAGUGGCGUGUGUUCAGUGGUAAUGAGUUGGGGGCGUUGCUGGGCUGGUGGGUGUACCAGUGUUGGAAACAGACCAACCCAGACCAGUCUACGGUGAAGUCAGUCUACAUGCUGGCCUCCACCGUCUCCUCUAAGAUUCUACGGGCCAUCGCUCUCAAGGAGGGCUUCCACUUUGAGGAAACUCUGACGGGGUUCAAGUGGAUGGGCAACAGAGCCAGAGAGCUGCUGGACCAGCACAAGAUAGUACUGUUUGCUUUCGAGGAGGCUAUAGGGUACAUGUGUAGUUCUGCUGUGCUGGAUAAAGAUGGGGUCAGUGCAGCAGCCAUCGCAGGGGAGAUGACAUCAUACCUGGCCACUAAGAACACCACGCUGUCACAACAACUCACUGCUAUCUACGAGGAGUAUGGGUACCACAUCACUAAGAACUCCUACUUCAUCUGUCACGACCAGGAAGUGAUCCGGGCCAUGUUUGACCGGCUGCGUCACUACGGUAACCAGGACCAGGAGGCUGUGUCGUACCCCAGACAGUGUGGAGGCGUCCCCAUCACGGCUGUACGGGACCUCACUACUGGAUACGACAGCAACCAGACAGACAACAAGGCUGUUCUCCCCACCUCCACCAGUAGUCAGAUGAUCUCCUUUACCUUCUCUAACGGGGGCGUGGCCACCAUGAGGACCAGUGGAACAGAACCCAAGAUCAAGUACUAUACUGAGCUGUGUGCUGCCCCCGGCAACAGUGAUGUUAAAGGUUUGCAGAAGGAGUUAGAUGACCUGGUUGAUGCCAUCAUAGAGGACUUCUUCCAGCCCAUGAAGAAUAACCUGCUGCCCAAGCCGGAGUAGCACCACAUACAGCAGUGACUUGCAAACCAAUAAAGACCAGCACUGGUUUACAUUCCUGA